CAUGGUAACAGAGCCAUCUGGCUUUCUUGCCUGGCACCAGGCCUUAUGACUUCAUAAUGGAAUCUUCUCUCAGCAGGCAGAGGGGGUUUGCCAGGGUAAAGAGGAGGCUGGGAGGAAGAGGCCUGCCGAGGGAGGCUUUGUCUUUUCAGCCAGAGUUUGACAAUUAGGCUUCCUCAUGUCACGAUGCGGUGCUACUGCUGACCCCAAAACAGGAUGCCGGAAGUGGCGCUCACUAGAGACUGUGAGUGGCAUUAUGCACCUGCCAUCUUGCUGAGGCCACCCAGGGGAGCUCAGAGGACACCUGGCCUCCUUCAAUCCAGGACUCACUGUUGAAGUGGAGCCGGGGCCCUGGCAGGAAAGAAUGAGCUGUGGGAGGGCCACUGGUCCACCACAGGGAGUCUGUGCUGUCCAGUGCCCACUGAAUGGCAGGAAGAGUAGGGCCUUAGAUGUGUCAGAACUGUGACGCUGAAUCCGGAGACCCAACCUCUCCUAGCCUCCUGGAGGAGGAUGACCCAGGACCCUUGUCCUCCCAACAGCAGGCCACCAGUUCAAGGGACAAGAAGCCCCUAAGCUCCCUCCACCUUUCACAUAGGGCCCAGGUGGCCUUGGAGUACCUGCCUUUCUUCUGCACCUAUGGGUGCCUCCUGGAAGAGGAGGGGUUGGUCCUGCAGCCCGAGACACUGCUCCAGGAGGACUCAGAACUGCUCAGUGGGUUCUUCCCUUACUACCGCUCUGAGGAGGAGAGUUUGCCCAGCCUGGCCCUUCCUGGCUGGUCACACAGGGGCUCCCAAGAUCUGCCCACUGAGAAGGAGGCACGGGCUGGCUGCUUCUGCAGGACAACAGUCAGGGACGAAUGCUCUGUCUCGGCAGAGUUCCCCCGUGACAGUGACCGGGAUGCCCCUCUCUCCAGGGACCAUGGUCUUUAUGCCUCAGGAUUUGUGCAUUACUACAGAACCCCUGAGGAGGGGUUACACACUAGCCCUGGGCCUCCUGCCUUUCCAUCUGGGAGCCAGGGGCCCUCAGAGGCUGCCCAGGGCUGGUGCAGUCACACCACGGGGAAGCCGGAGCUGACUGCAGCAGAAACCACUGGAGAGCAGGCCCCCACCACCCACUGACUGUCGAGGGAUGAAGCCUGACCCAAGCUCAGACAGAGGAAGCAGGAGCCACCUGAACAACUGAAGGGUGCAGACACCCAGAAACUGGUUUUGUAAAUAAAUCGUGCACCUUGGAGCUGGUGCACUAAUUGGA